UCGCAGCUUCCCUGGAAGUUUCCGAGAGCCCUGGGAGUAUCCAGGUGGCCCGGGGCCAGACGGCAGUCCUGCCCUGUACCUUCACUACCAGCGCUGCCCUCAUUAACCUCAAUGUCAUUUGGAUGGUCAUUCCUCUCUCCAACGCUAAUCAGCCUGAGCAGGUCAUUCUGUAUCAGGGUGGACAGAUGUUUGAUGGUGCCCCCCGGUUCCAUGGUAGGGUAGGAUUUACAGGCACCAUGCCAGCCACCAACGUCUCUAUCUUCAUUAAUAACACUCAACUAUCAGAUACAGGCACCUACCAAUGUUUGGUCAAUAACCUUCCAGAUAGAGGGGGCAGAAACAUUGGGGUCACCGGUCUCACAGUUUUAGUUCCCCCUUCUGCCCCACACUGCCAAAUCCAAGGAUCCCAGGAUAUUGGCAGCGAUGUCAUCCUGCUCUGCAGCUCAGAGGAGGGCAUCCCUCGGCCAACUUACCUUUGGGAGAAGUUAGACAAUACCCUCAAACUACCUCCAACAGCCACUCAGGACCAGGUCCAGGGGACAGUUACCAUCCGGAACAUCAGUGCUCUGUCUUCAGGCCUGUACCAGUGCGUGGCUUCGAAUGCCAUCGGAACCAGCACCUGUCUGUUGGAUCUCCAGGUUAUUUCACCCCAGCCCAGGAGCAUUGGACUAAUAGCUGGAGCCAUUGGCACUGGUGCAGUUAUUAUCAUUUUUUGCAUUGCACUAAUUUUAGGGGCAUUCUUUUACUGGAGAAGCAAAAAUAAAGAGGAGGAGGAAGAAGAAAUUCCUAAUGAAAUAAGAGAGGAUGAUCUUCCACCUAAAUGUUCUUCUUCUGCCAAAGCAUUUCACACCGAGAUAUCCUCUUCAGAGAACAACACAUUGACCUCUUCCAAUACCUACAACAGUCGAUACUGGAGCAACAAUCCCAAAGUUCCCAGGAACACGGAGACCUUCAACCACUUCAGUGACUUACGCCAGUCUUUCUCUCUCCACUCAGGCAAUGCCAACAUCCCAUCCAUCUAUGCUAAUGGGACCCACGUGGUCCCAGCUCCGCCUAAGACUCUAGUAGUGACAGCCAACAGAGGGUCAUCCCCGCAGGUGGUGUCCAGGAGCAAUGGCUCAGUCAGCAGGAAGCCUUGGCUUCAGCAUACACACUCGUACACCAUCAGCCAAGCAACACUUGAGCGAAUUGGUGCUGUCCCUGUCAUGGUGCCAGCCCAGAGUCGGGCUGGGUCCUUGGUAUAGUACCUGGGCGGACAGAGUGUUCAUAACAGGGUCAGUGGAGUGCCCCAUGCAGGGGGAGGGGGGUGAGCAAGUGCGGGGAAAGAAACACUUUCCUUAUAAGGAUACUAGUAAAAAGCACAAAGGAAAAGGCAAUGCUGUUACCUGGCCAGUGAAAUUUGUGACAUGAACUGGAAUUCUUCAUCUUGAAGACUCGUUUCCCCACCACAGAUGUCCCAGCAUUCUGUUCAAAAAACUGGAUCUCAAAGAUGUGCCAAGCCAAGAAAAAAGAUAUAAGAGCAGAAUAGCACUUAAAACCCAAACUACAGUCCAGAUGGGCUUGUUCUGUAAUUCAUGCCUAACUUAAUUAUUUUUCAAGAGACUAAAGUGCCAGGUGAAGUUUAAAUAAUGAAAUUAUUUAAAAAUAUAGUUGUCUUUAUAAAAAAUAAUGAGCAACCCUGGGAUCAUCGUGGUUCCCUCUUUGUCUAGAGGGCUUAAUGGCAUGAAUGGUUCAUAUUGGUCCCAACAGGGCUGGCUCUUGUAUCCUAGAAUCAAAACUUUUUUACACAAACAAAAUUCAGUAAGAAAUGGAGGAAAACAAAGGAAACUUCUCUGAGAAGCCCCUUCCUAUUUAUUUAUUUAUGUCUUCCUAAACCAUGAAUUUCAUAUUUGGAAUAUUGCUAUAUUGACAGAUUCUUGCCUGUCUGCGUUUUUCUAGGGUCUGUUCUGGGUCCAUGAUAAUUACCGCUCAUUAUUUCCUGGAAA